AUGGCCGACUCAUCUCGAAUAUCUCAAGUCAGCGGCUCGGGCAGCCAACCUCUACGGUCCGCCCUCAAGUCCGAUGAUGGCCCUGAACGGCCCCAUGCUUCCGGCCCAGCUUCCUCCUCCAGCAAAGUGGUCCAGAUCGUGGCAUCUCCUGAGCCUCUUCCCAAUUCGUCAUCCGAGUCCCAGCUCAAGCGACAGUACUCGGCCAACGUGGCUAAUAAGAGACUUGGUGGUCGACCUACUAUGCCUCCGAGCGCCGCUUCUUCCCGCACUUCUCUGAACGGGCUGGCAGACCAGGCUUUCACGCAGGACACCCCCGACGACAUAUCAGAACAACCUCAAAACAACGCCCCGAAUCGCAAGCAGCAGUAUGUGAGCCAGAAGCUUCUCUCCCAGGUAUACGACUGGCUCGAGCAUGAACAGCGGAAGAAGGAAACACGUGGGAACCACCAGAAGCACCACCAGCAGCAACAUGACCAUCACCACCACCACCUUCACCUCGGAUCGUCCUGGCGGAAGCAGCGUUCUCAAAAGAAGGAGAAUGAUGGUACCGAAUCGGAACCGCCGCACUCUGCUCGCCCCCGAUCCGAUUCGGUCGAUUCCCAGACUAGCGACGUGGAUCUGGAUAAGCUGCAGCGUAUUCUAGAGGAGAACAUGAGCGCCAUGGGUCUCGAUUCCAUCCCCACGUUUGGUCCACGUCGUUCUUCCAUCAGUCGUCACAAAAGACUCGGCUCCCGCACCCUGUUUGUCCGAAACACUGGCUCCGACACAGACUACGUCGAUGGCGAUGUUGUGGUGCCGGCCUGCGACGCCGUCCUCGAUAACACCAAGACCCUGAGUUACAAUUCCGGAAGAAGCUCGACCAACUUGUUUGCUGCAGGCAAGGCCGAGGCCAAGGAAAAGGAGGCCUGGGAGACUUUUAGGAACGAGAUCAUCCGCCUGGCCCGCACGCUGAGGAUAAAGGGGUGGCGUAGGGUCCCGCUCAGCUGGGGUGAUAGGAUUUCGGUUCAGAGACUCAGCGGUGCCUUGACCAAUUCCGUCUACGUGGUCACCCCCCCUCCCCCGCAAGACCUGGAGCCGGCCCCCGGGAAGAAGGCCCCGUCCAAGCUCCUCCUGCGUAUCUACGGCCCGCAGGUGGGGCAGCUCAUAGACCGGGAGCAGGAGCUGAGCGUGCUCAAGCGGCUCGCACGUAAGAAGAUCGGCCCGAGGCUACUCGGGACUUUCACCAAUGGCAGGUUCGAGCACUACUUCAACUCGACGACCCUGACGCCGGCCAACCUCCGAGAGCCCGAGACGUACAGACAGAUCGCGAAGCGUAUGAGGGAACUUCACGACGGCGUCGAGAUCCUGGAGAGCGAGAGGGCUGCGGGGCCAGCUGUUUGGUGCAACUGGGAUCGUUGGCUGGCGAAUGUGGAGAAAAUGGUGGUGCCGCUCGACGAAGAGGCGAAAGCGAAGACAUCCGGUAACACACUUCCAGGCCCGAGCGUCUUCCGGGGCCGGGGAUUUGUCUGCGGCACGGAGUGGCCCAAGUUCAAGGCCGCGGUGGAAAAGUACCGCCAGUUUCUGGUCGGGAGGUACAAGGACGCGGAAGAUAUCAACUGGCGACUUGUUUUUGCGCAUAAUGAUACGCAAUAUGGCAACAUUCUCCGAAUCCGACCGGACGACGAAAAGUCGCCGCUGCUCCAACCCGCCAACGAGCAUAAGCAGCUCAUUGUCAUCGACUUCGAAUACGCGGCAGCGAACCUGCCGGGCCUCGAGUUCGCCAACCACUUCACAGAAUGGUGUUACAACUACCACGGCACCGUGCCGCACGCGUGCAAGACGGAGCGGUACCCGAUGCCCGAAGACCAACGGCGCUUCAUCAAGGCGUACGUCGACCACCGCCCGCAGUUCCCCCACUCCGGCUCGACCCCUCGUCUGACGCCGCUGGAUACGCCCACGUCCACGCCCACGGGCGGCAACAACCCGGCCCUACACGCGACGGGCUCUACCAGUUCCAUCGUUGACUUCAUGCUGGACGCACGCGUGCCGGCGGGUCAGUGGAGGGAGGAAGAACGACAGCAGGAGGAGGCGACGGAGAAGGCGGUGACGGAGCUGAUGGAGGAGACGAGGCUCUGGCGGGCGGCGAACAGCGCGCAAUGGGUUGCUUGGGGCAUCGUGCAAGCCAAGAUUCCCGGCGUCGACGUGGACGGUGGCGCCGCUGAGGCGGGGACUGAAAACGACAGUGCCGCGGCGAUAUACGGCGCAAAUGGGGAAAAGGAGGAAGAAGAGGAGGAGUUUGAUUACUUGCGAUAUGCGCAGGAUCGGGCCUUGUUUUUCUGGGGAGACUGCAUCCAGCUGGGUCUGGUCAAGGUUGAGGAGCUGCCUGACGAUAUUCGGGACAGGGUGAAGUAUGUGGAUCGGUAG